AUGGAUAAGUUUCGAAUUAUGGUCCAGUUUUUGCAAGCCAACCAGGAGUCGUUCAUGAACGGCAUCUGUGGGAUCAUGGCUCUGGCAAGUGCUCAGAUGUAUUCCUCUUUUGAGUUCACCUGUCCUUGUCUUCCAGACUACAAUUAUGCGUAUGGAAUCGGCAUUCUAAUCGUUCCGCCAAUAUGGUUCUUUUUACUUGGAUAUGUACUUAACAACAACAUAUCAGUGUUAACUGAGGAAUGGAAGAGACCGGUUGGAAAACGCAGGAAAGAUCCGGCGGUUUUGCGCUACAUGUUCAGCUCCAUGACGCAGCGCGCUCUCAUCGCUCCGGCUGUAUGGGUAGCCGUGACUUUAAUGGAUGGCAAGAGCUUUUUGUGUGCUUUCAGCCCCACGACGGAUUUAUCCGAGUUCCUCAACGAGAGCCAUCACAGCCUAUCCAAAAAGGAGCUUCUGAAAUUACAAGCAAGGAUUCCAUGCAAAGACGUAUUUGAUGGGUAUGAGAUUAUUUCCAGAGAAGCGGCCAUUAGGUAUAUUCGCUGUUUGUCACAGGCCUGUGGAUGGACCUUUUUAAUGGUGAUAACUAUAGCAGCCUUCUUGAUAAGGGCGAUAAGACCUUGUUUUACACAAGCCGCUUUUCUUAAAACCAAAUAUUGGUCGCACUACAUUGAUACAGAGCGUAAACUAUUCGAUGAAACAUGCAAAGAGCAUGCCAAGAGCUUCGCUAAGGUCUGCAUACAGCAAUACUUCGAGAGCAUCAGUGGUGAAAUUGUUCCACAAUUCCAGCUACCCACAAAGAAAGGGAAAGGCAAUAAAGAUGAUGAUGGGGAAAAACAGAAGAGUGACGAGGAGAAGCUUCUUGGGAUCCGUAAAGAAGAAGACAUGAAUAAAGUCCUGUGGAACUGGCAUACAUGUAAACCCGCACUAUUUCUGAACAAACACGCUGAAGAUAUGAAUAUGAAUGGACAUGCGCAUUUGGAUACACUCAGUCUCUCAGAUGAGCUCUACACUCAAACACCUAUGAAAAACACAGCUGUGGCAUACUACUCCAAAGUCUGACUUCAUGGUUUAAUCUUAGUCUGGUUUAGCAGUACUCAUUUCUCAUUUCUAUUUAUUGCAUGCCAUUCUUAUUUGAUAUCCUCCUGAGACUCAGCAGUCAUUCAAUCGAGCCACUGUUGUAAACAUGUGUUGUUUCUUACUAUAAAUAAAUGAGAACAUAAAUAAUAGGAUAAUAUGGGCUUUUCUGUGAUAAUGCAAAGCAACACGCUGGUGUGACCAAUAUGGCAAUAAUAAUAUAAUGAUGAUGACGAUGUUAAUAAGGAAUGUUACUCUUUUUCUCUUCUUAUGCAACAAAUUAAGAUUUACUAAAAUUAAGUUAUAGCUAAAUUUAAAUUCAGGAGGAGUUUAUUAAUGUAAUCAGUCAUAGGAUAUCAAGGACAUAUCAGCAGCUGCUAACGUCACUCCAGAGGUCAUUUUUACAGUAUUUAUUAGGGCUGUGCAAUUAAUCGAAUUCGAUUAUCAUGCGCAUCUCGUCAGUAAAGCCGGUUCCGUGAUUAGUAGUAAAUCGCCAUCACCUGUUAGUUAGUUAUGCUCUUCAGUUUAAAGCAGCAGUAUUUAUUACUAACUCAUAAUUGAUUAUAUAUAUGAUUUUAGGAUAUUUUAAGAUAUCUUAAAGCAGUGAAUUUCGGGGUCCAGGGCCCUAUAGGAAGCUUCAGCAAACUUACAAGAGGGCCUCAAGAUUAAUAAAAAUUAUUUAAAAUAAGACAAAAAUAAUUUGAUAAUGAGGUAAAACAAACAAAAAUCAAUACAUUUGUUGUUUAAUUACUAUCCCAAUUUCUGUAAAUUGGCUUUGAAUAUUAUUUUGGACAGUGGAUGUAGUCAAAAAGGUUGAGAACCACAAUGGGUGUCACUUCAGAACUCACUCACAGAAUCCGUUUCAUGACAUUCAUGACAUUGUUUCCAAGAUGAUCUCUUCAUUCUGAGAUGUUCUGUGCACUUCAAUGUUCCUAUUUUGUAUGUCUCCAUAAUUAAACACACCUAGUUUAAUUUCAAGACCUGCGAAAGGAGUGUCAGAUAAUUGCAAAAAAUGCAACUGUAACUUAGGAACCACUGUCAUAUCCAUUUUUUACUGGGUCUCAGGAGGCAUGUUGAACAGUACUGUUGGAUGACAUUUAUAUAGAGAGAGAGAAGGAGAGAGAGAAAGAGAGAGAGAGAAAGAUGUUUUUUUUUUUUUUGUGUGCAUGUGUAUGAUCACUCUCAUUUACUUUAGCCCAACCUGUUUUAGUUAAAUGCUUGUUAGUUCCACUGGGGCUGAAACCAGAUUGUAAUUGCUGUUGGUGAUUCACUGCUGUAUGUACAUAAUAGACAGAGCGAAGGAAUGAUCUCACUUCUUGACCACAACAAAUACAGCUACAUACAGGCAGGUCUUUGUUUUGUUUUUACAAUCUGCUUCUGCUUGUACAUAAUUUUAAAACUUUGUGGAUGUUCAGCAAGACCAUUUGUACUCCCUGGUGAUGAAAUGUAAGUCUUCCUUUCAGAAAUUAUGUGGUUUUUCAGUUGAUAUUUGGUUUUUGGUAAUUAAUUUGAGUGGCACAUAGAGGCUUGAGGAAACUUUGCCCAAUUGAUUGAUUUUAUAUGAACUGAAUGUAUGACUACAUCAUUAAAUUAGAAAUUGUAUAAUGAAGCUGUUUCUGU